AUGCCAAUAAGAACACAUUCUGUAAACAUUAAUCCAAAAAAGACUUCUUCAACAUCUAAAGAAACAAAGCUUAUUGAAGUCGAAAAUAAAAAAAAAUACUGGCAUAGAGAUCUUUGGGCUGAGUCACCAUUACUCGGUCAAGAUAAGAUAACCAUUGAUGGAGCCAAAUUCUAUAGUAGUGCAUAUUUGGCUAUGCAGGAAUCUCAAUUAUGGUUAGUGGAUCAAUAUUUGGAGGAAGAAUGCAUUAUUGUUGAUACAAGUAAAAUUAUUAAAAAGAUUAAUAUUUCAAUCGUUCGCACUUCAAGAGUUGCUAUUAGUCUUUAUAUUAAAGAAAUUUUGUAUAAAAAUAAUGGUCAUUAG